AUGGAGCAAGUUUUCUCGAGUAAUUCUUCCAUAUGGUACGGACUUAUCGUCGCAACAUUGGAACCAGUUAGAAUAGUUAGAUUACGCCGACCUGAACUCCUCCCGCAUCUUAUUAGAUCAUUGGCCGAACUGCCGUUUGAACGACGUGCGGAACACGUGAGCCGCCGGUUUGCAUUCGAGUUGCAGGAAGUGCCGAACUGGAACUUAUCGAAAGGGAAAGAGAGUGGGCGUGAUGUUUUCCGUUUUGAUAGGUUCUCAACCGGUUCAUCCUUAACUGUUGCUGUGCUUAUAACUGUUUUAUGUGCAGCAUUCAUCGCAUUAACGAAAAAUAUGCAGAAACCGGGGUGUUAUCGUCGACCGUAUAAUACGUCACAACUUGGAUUCAUUAUAAGAUUGGAGUUUGGUAAUGGCUUUUCUGAUUUUUUCAUAGGGCGUGAAGUUUUGUUAGCCGAUGGGUCCCAUCAGUUCCGUAUAAUGGUUGUGACCGAUCUUGACAAGAGCAGUAAGCAUCCGACAGAAGAAAAUCUAUGGCAGAGCUUCAUAGAAUUUGGUGUUCUCACGGUGAAUAAAGAGUAUACUAAAGCAUCUCUCCAGUGGAACGUCAAUGAACAGAUCUCAAUUUAUUCGACAAUUGCUGGUGGUGGACGGUCGAUGGAAUUGUCGGAUCUCGUCAUUUUCGAUGGAAACUUAUUAUCGGUAGAUGAUCGAACUGGAAUUAUUUAUCGGAUCGAAAAAAACCUGGCUUAUCCUUGGAUUUACCUCAGUGACGGUGAUGGAAAUACAACAAAAGGUUUCAAAGGUGAAUGGAUGACGGUGAAGGAUGGUAACCUUUACAUUGGUGGACUUGGGAAAGAGUGGACAACAGCAAAAGGUGUCUUUGUCAACGAAAACCCAAUGUGGAUCAAGUUUGUAACUCCUGAGGGUAGCGUUGAACAUAUCAGUUGGGUUGAAGAAUACAAAAAAUUACGUUCGGCAGUUGGGAUUGAAUGGCCUGGUUAUAUGAUUCACGAAUCAGUUCAAUGGUCAGAAAUCAAAAGGAAGUGGUUCUUUUUACCUAGAAGAGCUAGUAAAUUAGCAUAUACCGAAGCAGAGGAUGAGGAAAGAGGUACUAAUUAUUUGCUUAUUGCUUCGGAAGACUUUUCUAACAUAAGAUAUCAACAGAUUGGACCAAUAAGCAGUGGAAGAGGCUUCUCAGCUUUCCAGUUUGUUCCUGGUACUAAUGAUCGAGUAAUUGUGGCAUUAAAAUCGGAGGAAAAAGAUGGAUUACCAGUAGCCAGUUAUGUAACAAUAUUUAAUUAUGAAACGAACCAUAUUUUGCUCGAAGAAAUGCCACUCUUUGGCAAGUUCAAAUAUGAAGGAAUAGCGUUUGUAUAA